AAUCGACCUCCAACGUGGCAGAAUGCUGGGUCUGAGAAGAGACAAAAAAGACGAAGAAGGCGCGUCAUCGAAUCCAUUUCAGCGACUUGAGAAGGCGGCCGUGCUGCAAGAUGCUCGCACGUUCAAUGAGACGCCCAUACAUCCGCGCCGCUGCAUUCAGAUUCUCACAAAGAUUCUUUAUUUGAUCAAUCAGGGAGAAUCCAUCGGCACUGUUGAGGCAACAGAAGCAUUUUUUGCCAUGACGAAACUUUUCCAGUCUAAAGACAUGAUGCUGAGAAGAAUGGUCUACUUGACUAUCAAAGAAAUGUCGACCCUCGCAGACGACGUCAUCAUCGUAACCAGCAGUUUGACAAAGGACAUGACAGGAAAGGAGGAUUUAUAUCGGGCAAGUGCUAUUCGAGCUCUCUGCACCAUAACGGACAGUUCUAUGCUUCAGAGUUUGGAGCGAUAUUUCAAGCAGGCGAUCGUCGAUAAAGAGGCGAGCGUGGCGAGCGCCGCACUCACGUCCGCUCUUCAUCUCAUGAAGCCGAGCGUCGAUCUUGUGAAACGUUGGGUGAACGAGGCACAACAAGCCGUAUCAAGUGAUAACAUCAUGGUCCAGUAUCAUGCUCUCGGCGUUCUCUACCACAUCAAGAAGCGAGAUCGUCUUGCUAUCUCUAAACUCAUUGACAAACUCUCACGUUCGCUUCGUUCUCCGUAUGCCAACUGUUUGUUGAUUCGUAUAGCCGCGAGGCUCGUUGAAGACGAGGAGGCCGGCGCUGACAGUAAUUUGUAUGACUUUCUGGAAAGUUGUCUGAGGAAUAAGAGCGAGAUGGUUAUCUAUGAGGCUGCACGUGCGCUUGUCAAUCUGAAGAAUGUUAGUGCUCGUGAUCUUGCGCCUGCCAUUUCAGUUCUGCAGUUGUUUCUUAGUUCUCCGAAGCCAACGCUUAGAUUUGCAGCUGUGAGGACUCUGAAUAAGGUUGCUAUGACGCAUCCUUUGUCUGUAACUACAUGCAACUUGGACCUGGAAAACUUAAUAACUGAUGCUAAUCGCAGCAUUGCCACGUUGGCUAUUACAACUCUUCUCAAGACUGGAAGUGAGGGAAGUGUUGAGAGGCUUAUGAAACAGAUUUCGUCUUUUAUGUCGGAAAUAUCGGACGAGUUUAAGAUUGUUGUGGUUGAUGCAAUAAAGUCAUUAUGUUUGAAGUAUCCUCGUAAACACAACGUGAUGAUGACAUAUUUGUCAACCAUGUUACGAGACGAAGGCGGCUUUGAAUACAAAAAAGCCAUCAUCAACACGGUUGUAAACAUCAUAGAGGAACAUGCAGAUGCUAAGGACACAGGUUUGUCUCAGUUGUGUGAGUUUAUUGAGGACUGUGAGCACACGUUGCUUGCCACACGUAUUCUCCAUCUUCUCGGCAAGGAAGGCCCUCGUACUCAGAUGCCUGCCAAAUACAUUCGAUUUAUUUACAAUCGUGUGAUUCUUGAGAAGCCGCCUGUUAGAGCAGCUGCUGUGAGUGCAUUGGCAAAGUUUGGAGCCGCUUCGGAUAGUCUACUUCCCAGCAUUAUUGUGCUGUUGUUGAGGUGCAUGAUGGAUGAAGAUGAUGAAGUCAGAGAUCGUGCCACCUUCUACAAGGCCAUUCUUGAACAAAGACAGAAAUCUUUAACAUCUCAGUUUAUUCUCAAUACUCUCAAUGUCUCGGUGGUUGGUUUGGAGCGUGCUUUACUCCAGUACACUCAAGAACCAUCCGAUGUCCCAUUUGAUAUCAAAACUGUUCCUCUUGCAAUCGCAACUGGCUCUGAAGUGUCGCGAGGAUCAACCAGUGAUGCACCUUCUGCAGGUCCAGGAGCAAAACCAGGUGUUGUGGCAGCUUCAAGGCAGGAUGUGUAUGCAGAGCAGCUGGCAGCCAUUUCUGAAUUUGCUCAUCUUGGUCCGUUGUUCAAGUCGUCCACCAAGCCGACUGAAUUGACAGAAAGUGAAACGGAGUAUGUGGUCAACUGUGUCAAGCACACGUUCAGUAAACACGUCGUUUUCCAGUUUGACUGUACAAACACACUGAAUGAUCAAAUCCUUGAAAAUGUGAUGGUCCAAAUGGAGUCGUCAGAUGGGUUUGAUGUUGAGUUGAAUGUUGCGUGUCCUGCAUUGAAGUAUAACGAGCCUGGGACUACAUACACGUGCGUUACAUUACCGGACGACCUAACACAAGUGACUGGAACAUUUUCUUGUACAUUAAAAUUCAUCGUGAAAGACUGUGAUCCAAACAGUGGUGAACCAGACACAGAUGAAGGCUACGAAGACGAAUAUGUUUUGGAGGAUAUCGAGGUUACAGUCGCCGAUCACAUGCAGAAGGUUGUCAAAUCAAACUUUGCUGCUUCGUGGGAAGAGCUCGGCGAUGCUCAUCAGAUUGAAGACGUCUUUGCACUAACACAGAUAAAGACCAUCGAUGCUGCUGUGAAGCAAAUCAUGCAGUUCAUGGGAAUGCAGCCAUGCGAACGUUCAGACAAAGUUCCCGACAACAAACUCUCGCACACGCUUCUGUUGUCUGGCGUUUAUCGUGGCGGUCAUGACGUGCUGGUGAGAGCCCAACUCGUGUCCGAUCAAGGCAUACAAAUGAAGCUGACGGUGAGAAGUACAGACAGCGAUGUAACUCAAGUGAUUGCAUCGGCAGUCGGUUGAGAUAUUGUUUCGUCCGUUUGACUUGCACUGCGCAUAGAAUGUGUGAUGAUUCUUAUUUUGAAAAAAUAAUAGAAUUUGAUCACUACA